ACGAUCCAUUCUCAGAUCGGAAUUCUACCACCUCGGCUCAUCGUCAACUUCCACCAAUCGCUAAUGUCAACAGUCCUUUAAUGGGUAACGAAUCUAAUCUCUUUGGUCUUAAUUCAAACUUCCUUUCAACUUCAUCUGUUCCUGUCAAUGCAUAUAUCCCUCAAAACUCAAAAUCACUUUCGAUUCAAGAUGUAGAAGAUCGUGAUGGGCUUGGUAAUACUUCUCCUGGCGUUCUCUCUCCUUCGACACCCGGUUCAGCCUUAGAUCCAGCUCUCAGGAGGAAAUCGUCUAAUUUAAUCUUGAUCGAUCCAUCUGACCAUCAAAGAUCACCUCAUCAUUCUCCUUCGGCUGCUUCUGCAUCAAAAUCGUCUUUCCUGACCCAUCAAACCCCUGGUCUAUCUCAUCCAGCUCCAAGUAGUAACGGGACUCACUUGAGACCUAUCCGUCCUCCUCGUGCACCUGGUCUCGAUCUCUGUUUACCGACAGCUGCUUCUCAAUCUGGAAGUACAUCACAACCGUCUCAUCUGGCUCGUAAAGAUAGCCAAACAUCCUCACUUGUACCUGAAUUAGGAUUGGUUAGUAGUAGAUUCUCAGCCGAUACCACCUUCACUCGACAUUCUGUUGCUUCCACUACGGCUGCCAGUGUUGGACGUUGGAGUCAACCUCCACCUAUGCCAAAUCUUGCCUCGCCUGCUCUGUCUCGUCCGAAUUAUGGCUCAACAGAUGGAAUGCCCAUUGGAUCUCGUCUUUCACUUGAUUCGAGUCAUCAUUCAUUCCAUCAAAACCAACUUAGGCCAAUGUCGAAUGUUUCCGAAGCUACCUCACAUGACAGUCGUCUCAGUAGUAUCCUUGAUCCGGCUAUGAUUGUUACUCCAGUCACUUUGGUCCGAACCGCAUCAGGUCGACAAGCAGCAGUCCAACGAGUCGCACUUCGAGGUCAAGAGAAGGCACGUGUAGUCAGACUCAACCGAAGUGCCAGUACAGCGUCACAUCAUCAACAACCACCUCUUCCUUCUAAUGUGCCCACACAAACUUUAUCACCGAUCGACAGUCCUAAAGAGUCACUCAUGACACUUGCCAAUUCUCCCCCUAUCACCAGGCGUGCCUUGCAACCUCAGGCUUCACUCAAUUCAGUUAUCAUGGAUCAAAAUCAGGAUCAGAACCAAUCCCAAUCCCAAUCAAAUCCUCAAACCUCUCCAUCUCUAUCAUCAUCUUCUGGUGAUCCGUUUGCAGAUUCGGCUGCGGUUCAAGACCUCGUCUCAUCUAAGAACAGUCAAGAGAAAAUGUCUCCCGAGUGGAACUCACUUCUGACGCACCCUGAGAUGAAUCAUUCUACUCUCAGUCAUGAGACACCGAGCAUUUACAGUAAUGCAAGCACUGUGACCAUUGCCGAUGAUGGUCAUGGUAGUAGUCUCUCUGUCCGUUCAGACCAUACCCUGGAUCGUACUCACUCCACUCUCGCUGUUGUAGGCCAAUCACAGAUCAACUCGAAUAGUCUCAAUCUCACUCAUCAAAGAGCCAUCAUAGACAAUCAACCUAACACUGAGAUCAUAGUUGAAGGUCUUGUUAUGAAUACCCAAGAGAAUCAACAAUCAAGAGUACCAUCUAGCAUUAUUACUCCAAGGGUGAACAGUCGAUUUAUGAGUUCACCAUCGAUCGUUUCACGGUCUUCGAUGGCUACCAGUAGUAUUGGAGAAGAAAGUUUUAUGGAUGAAGGACCGGCGAUUGUGAGUACAGCAAGGAUGAUACCGGAUGAUUUGUCAUCUUUGACCCAUCGAGGGACUGGUACACCUAGAUUAUCAGUUUUACAAGCUCCUUUGAGUAGGAUCUCAUUAAGUUCAUUGAUCAAUCAAGAAAGAGUAAUUGAUCGAAACUCAUUAAGAGAACCUAGUCGACCGUUUCUCGGAGGAGGAGGAGGGGCUGGAACAGCUGAAGGAUCCGAUAUAAGAGCUUCGGUCGUCUCGACGUCUAUUUCGAUUAGGAGUGGCUAUGGAUCGGUCCUGGAAGGGAUCCCCUUUAAUAUCGGAUUCGGAACGUUGAAUGAUGAUGAGUUUGGAGGAUUGGGGGAUUUGAAUGGAGGACUUGAAGAUGAAGAGAUCAGUGUUGGUUUGGAUGAUGAUGAAGGGUUGAUGAGGGAUGGCAUCACGGCUUUACAGUUUGUGGAAGAUGGGAUUGGGGAACUUGAGAGUUGAUGCGCUUGGGAUCUGAAUCUUAAAUCAUUCUUGUUUAAGUUUAAGUCAAGUUAAAUUUGAUAAGUAUAUAUAUACCUAGAACUUUGAAAGGAAGGAAAUUUUCUUUUUUUUUUCUUUUCUUCUCCAUUUAUUUAAAGUCAUCACACAUGCUCUUUUUUGGAUUCCUGUCUUUUUUUUUACAAUCAUUUUUUAACAUGUUGAGACAUCUUUUUUUUUUACUUUGAUAUCUAUAUCUUUUGAUCUCUUUAUUAAACACAUGAAGUUUUUCUUUUUGUAUUGUUUUUUUUUGUUGAUCUUUUUUUGGUUUUAUCCGUUUUCUUUUUUUUUUGGUUUUAUAUCAGUCUUUUUUUUUGUUUUCUUUGUUGAAAUGUUUUGAAUGGGUUUGAAUGGAGGAAGGUUUAGUUGAAGAUGAAAAAAAACAGUAUAUACAUAUAUAUAGGAUAUAGAAAAUCUUUUUUUUUGAAUUUUGAAUUUUGAAUUAUUUUUUUCUUUUUAAUAUGUGAAUGGUU